AUGGAUUCACACACCAUAAAUCAUCAACAAAUAUUUUCCACACCACAUCAACAACGACAAGCACAGCAAGCAAGUAUGGAUGACGACAGAAAUAUAACUACAUUACUACUUACUCAGACAUUUAGAAUCGGUAGAUGUACCUCCUUAUUAUCACCAACUUCUCCAACCAUAUCUUCCGAAAAAUUAGAAUAUAAAAUUCGUAUACCAUUGAGUAAACAUCUUUAUGAACAAUAUAGAAGUCAAUUAAAAGUAAACGACAAAGAUUCAGUUGAAUAUGAAUCAUAUAAAGAUAUUCUUCGGGUAUUGAAGAUAGCAUAUGGGAAUGUAGAUAAGGAUCAAUAUCGAAUUCAAUAUAUUCAAUUUCAUUGUACAGGAUUGUUACCUAAUCAAAUGUUUGUAUUUAUUAAAGAUAUAACUGACCCUGAUGAUAAUUUUACAUUAGUUUUGAAUAAAAUAUCACCAAAAGUGAAGCUUAAUCGAUUUAUAGUUGAGUUAUUGGAAGAUUUAAAUCAUGAUCCAUUAAUCAUUAAACCAUUCAACUUACCUAAUGAUUUUAUUCCAAAUUUAAUAAAUCAAUUACUGACAAAAUUAGAGGAUAUACAUGGAUCCAUGGAAUUAGUGUAUACUACAGAAGAUAAAACUAAAUUAUUAAGGAAUAUGAUUGUUGAAAUACGAAAGAGUGAUUUAGAAUCAUUAUACACUGAACAAUUAUAUGAAGAUAUUUGUAAUUUCUUGUAUACAAAUACCAAGAUUCGAUUUAAUCGAUUGGUGAUUGAAAGAUUGAAUUCAAGUUUAAUGAAUCUUUCAAAUGAUGGGAAAAUUAAAUUUAAUGAUGAAUUAGAUGAUAUUCUUUGGUAUUUAUUUGAAGCCAGUAAACAAUCCAAAGAAAAUAAUGAGUAA